AUGGAUUGGUCGGCUCUCGCCUGCUACACUGUGGCCCUGAUCCUUCUCUUCCUGCCGUUGCGGGCGUCAGAGGACCGGCUUGUCCCUGGCGAGCGGCUCUCCCCUGGUGCAACCAUCGUCUCCGACGACGGUGCCUUUGCCUUGGGCUUCUUCAGCUCCUCCAACUCCAUUCCGGCCAGUCUGUACCUGGGCAUAUGGUACAACGGCAUACCGGAGCUCACCGUCGUGUGGGUUGCCAACCGAGAAAUCCCACUCACCAACAGCACUUCGUCUGCGCCGACACUCUCCCUCACCAACACCUCCAACCUCGUUCUCUCUGAUGGUAGCAGCGGCCGUGUCGUUUGGACGACUGAUGUGGCCGAUGCCUCAAGCUCCAUUGCAGCAGCAGCAGUGCUUGAGAACACCGGCAACCUCGUCGUCCGGUCACCGAAUGGCACCAUGCUGUGGCAGAGCUUCGACCACCUCACCGACACGUUCCUUCCUGAAAUGAAGAUACGGAUCAGCUAUGCCACGCGCGGCACCGGCAUCCGCCUGGUGUCCUGGAAGGGGCCCGACGACCCAUCAUCGGGGCGCUUCUCCUACGGAGGCGACCCGGACACGCUCCUCCAGUUAUUCCUCUGGGAUGGGGCCCGCCCGCUGGCCCGUAGAGGGCCAUGGACAGGGUACCUGGUGAAAGGCAAGCACCAAUACCAGCAGGUUAACGGUAGCUUGUCCGUCAUCAUCUACAUGGCCAUCGUCGACAACGAGGAGGAGAUCUACACCACUUACACAGUCUCUGCUGGCGCGCCACGCACGAGGUAUGUGGUGACCUACUCUGGAGAUUACCAGCUCCAGAGCUGGAGUACCAAUUCCUCAUCAUGGGUUAUCCUCGCCAAGUGGCCAUCCCUUGAGUGCAACCGGUAUGGCUUCUGUGGUCCGUAUGGCUACUGUGACCAGACAGCAACGCCCAUGCCGACAUGCAAGUGCCUUGAUGGCUUCGAGCCAGCAAGCACUGAUGAGUGGGCGGCUGGUAGGUUCUCGGCAGGGUGCCAGCGAAAGGAGGCAUUGCACGGAUGCGGUGACGGCUUCUUGGCCUUGAUGGAGAUGAAAGCGCCAGACAAGUUCAUGUUUGCUGGAGGGAACAUGAGCACAAUGGAGGAGUGUGCGGCGCACUGCACCCGCAAUUGCUCCUGUGUGGCGCACGCAUUCGCCAACCUGGACAGUGGCAGGUCUGGAGGAAACGUGACAAGGUGCUUGGUGUGGGCGGGGGAGUUGAUUGACACUGGGAAGUUCGGCGAAGGACUUGGCAGCACCACAUUAUAUCUCCGGCUUGCAGGCUUAGAUGCAGCAUCUGGUGCCAAAUUUUCUCCCUAUUUCUUGUUAUUUUGUCUAUACCAACACACUGUCAUGAUUAGAUCAUUCACUUGCCUUUUUAUGGUAUUUGUGCAUUGCACAGGUAAGAAGACAAAGAGCACUGCAGCUAUCAUUGUACUGGCAGUUUUAGGAACGGCUGUUGUGGCAGUCCUAUGCAUUUUUCUGGCAUGGCUAAAAUUCAAAGGCAAGAACACAAAGUGGAGAAAACACAAGACGCGUACAUUUGAUGGUAUAAGUACCUCUUAUGAACCAGGGGAAGGAAACUCUCCACAUGAUCAUGAAUUUCCAUUUGUAAGUUUCGAGGAAAUUUCUCUAGCAACAGACAAUUUCUCUGAGACAUGUAUGAUUGGACAGGGAGGAUUUGGAAAGGUCUACAAGGUAUUAUUAGGUGGGCAAGAAGUUGCUGUCAAGAGGCUAAGUAGUGAUUCUCAACAAGGAACAAAGGAAUUCAGGAAUGUAGUAAUUUUAAUUGCCAAAUUGCAACACAGAAACUUGGUUCGACUUCUCGGAUGUUGUGGGGAGGGAGAUGAAAAGUUGCUGAUCUAUGAGUAUCUUCCUAACAAAAGCUUAGAUGCUACCCUUUUUGAUGAUUCAAGAAGAAUGAUGUUGGAUUGGACAUCACGGUUUAAUAUAAUCAAAGGGGUUGCAAAGGGACUUCUGUAUCUCCACCAAGAUUCAAGACUAACUAUAAUUCAUAGGGAUCUCAAAGCCGGAAAUGUUUUGCUAGAUGCAGAGAUGAAACCGAAGAUAGCAGACUUCGGUAUGGCGAGGAUCUUUGGCAAUAACCAACAAGAUGCAAGCACCCAACGUGUUGUGGGAACAUAUGGAUACAUGGCCCCAGAAUAUGCAAUGGAAGGUGUCUUCUCCACCAAGUCCGAUGUCUACAGCUUUGGUGUGCUAGUACUUGAGGUUGUGACUGGUAUAAAAAGAAGCUCCAAUAGUCACAUCAUGGGCUUCCCGAGCCUCAUUGUGUAUUCAUGGAAUAUGUGGAGGGAAGGAAAGACAGAGGAUUUGGUGGACACAUAUAUCAUGGAUACUUGUUCACUGGAUGAAGUUUUGAUUUGCAUCCAUGUAGCACUCAUGUGUGUCCAGGACAAUCCAGAUGACAGGCCACUCAUGUCGUCCGUUGUGUUCGUCCUAGAGAACGGAAGCAGCACACUUCCACCCCCUACUUGCCCUGCCUACUUUACACGACGAAGUGCAGAAAUGGAGCAAAUUAGAGAUGAUAUCCUGAACUCCAGGACCAGUUUUACUCUCACUGAGAUUGAGGGUAGAUGAAAUAACUAUUAUUUUAUUUAGACAUGUCGCAGCGCCUUUCCCAGUGAAAUAUCUUCCAAAUUUUUAUUGUAUUUCAU